AUGGGAUUUAAUAGGUGGCUUCUUUUACUGAUGUUACUAGAGGCGGGAAGAGGGACCUUGAUAAAACUCAACAAUGGUGGAUUUGAAGAUGUUGUUAUUGCAAUUAACCGUGAGCUACCUGAAGACCACAGGAUUGUUGACAACAUAAAACACAUGGUUGAAGAGGCAUCUGCUUAUCUCUUCAACGCCACACAGCAAAGAUUUUAUUUUAAAACUGUAAAAGUUGUCAUUCCUUUGACAUGGGGAAAUAAACCUGAAUAUAAAAGAGGAACCAUAGAGUCCUAUGAAAAGGCUGAUGUCAUAGUGGCAGAACCUUUUCUGAAGUAUGAAGAUGAUCCCUACACUUUGCAGUUUGGAGGAUGUGGGGAACAAGGACGAUACAUUCAUUUCACAUCUACCUUCCUGACAAAUGACAGUUUGCAUGAUGUUUAUGGAUCACAAGGUAGAGUCUUUGUCCAUGAGUGGGCUCAUCUCCGGUGGGGUGUCUUUGACGAAUAUAACAAUGAUGCCCCUUUCUAUGCAACUGGGAUAAACAAGGCUGAAGCAACAAGAUGCUCAGCUGAUGUCAAAGGUAAAUAUAUAUUCCAACCUAGCAAAGGACCAAUCAGAGAAUGCAAAGUUGAACGCCGAACUGGGCUGUAUGAAUCGGGAUGCCAGUUUGUGCCUGAAAAACAGCAAAGUACUCCAGCCUCUAUAAUGUACAUGCAAAGUCUCUCUUCAGUUACUCAGUUCUGUAACGAGAGUAACCAUAAUGUCAAGGCAACAAAUAUGCAGAACAAACUGUGCAACCAAAGGAGCACAUGGGAAGUAAUCAGGAACUCUACUGACUUUGCCAGUUCAUCUCCGCUAAAAGCUCCUCCACCUGCCCCCACUAUCUCCUUGCUGCAAACACGAGAGAGAGUUCUGUGUUUAGUACUUGAUGUUUCUGGAAGUAUGGAUUCAUAUGAUCGCAUUAAUCGACUGAGGCAAGCUGCAGAACUCUUCCUGUUACAGAUCAUUGAAAUGGGGUCCUGGGUUGGAAUUGUCACAUUCAGUAGUUCUGCAAUCAUCAGGACUGGUUUGCAACAGAUAACCAGUGACACCGUGCGUCGAUCUCUUGCAACCUAUCUGCCUACCUCAGCUGGUGAAGGAACCAACAUUUGUUCAGGCAUCCGCUCAGGAUUUCAGGUCUUUUUACAGAAGUAUCCCAGCACUGAAGGCUGUGAAAUUGUGCUCUUGGUAGCUGGAGAAGACCCUUCAGUGAGGUCUUGCUUUGAUGAAGUUGAGAAAAGUGGCUCAAAAAUUCAUGCCAUCGCCUUGGGGCCAAGUGCUGCACCAGAACUGGAUGUGCUGGCAGACAUGACAGGUGUUAUAAAAAUUGUCCAUGAUCUUUGUAGAAACAAUGAUAACAGGCUCGACUUUCAAAAAACAAUUCUCUUCGUCCAAUCUUGCAUCUGGAACCUGGAACUUCAAAAUCCAGCUGUUGUGAAGCUUGAAAGUAAAGGUCAAAGCAUCAGUGCUGGCGCAUGGCUGGAUGGUGUGGUAUCCAUUGAUAAAACUGUGGGAAAUGACACAUUCUUUGUUGUUACAUGGAGUGUAAGUGUAUACCCACCAGGAAUUCUCCUGACAGAUCCAAGAGGGGAAAAGUACAUUAAAGAGUUUGUAAUUGAAAAUACCAACAUCCGGAUGGCUCGACUCAAGAUUCGUGGAACUGCAGAGGCGGGAGACUGGCAUUACUCAAUCCAGAAUACAAACAACGGAGAUCAAGUCAUAUCACUGACUGUCACCACUCGAGCACCAUCUUUAACUGAGCCUCCAGUGACUGUGAAGGUGUAUAUGAAUAGAGAUACCAAUAACUAUCCUAAUCCAAUUAUAGUUUAUGCAGAAGUCAGUCAAGGAUUUUUGCCUGUUAUUGGUGCAAGUGUUACAGCCACAAUUGAACCAGAGUCUGGAACAGCGGUAGAGAUGGAACUCCUGGACAAUGGUGCAGGUGCUGAUAUUCUCAAGAAUGAUGGCAUCUACUCAAGGUAUUUCACAUCUUUCAAAGGAAAUGGUAGAUACAACAUAAAAGUGAACGUCCAGGGGAAAGACAAAACUGUCAGACGUGUCCGCAGACAGAGCCAUACUGCAUAUACAGCAGGUUAUGUAGACAAUGGUGUAAUAAAAAGGAAUGCACCAAGACCUAAAGCUAGUGAUGAUGUGAUCCCAGCAAACCUAGGAAAUUUCAACAGAAUUGCAUCAGGAGGUUCUUUUGUAAUGGCAGGAGUUCCUACAAGUCCCAAGGAUGUUUUUCCACCUGUUAAAAUCACUGACCUUGAGGUAGAGCUAGUGGAUGAUGCUGAGGAAUUCUUUUUGUCAUGGACAGCUCCCGGGAAUGAUUAUGAUACAGGAAAAGUGGAAAGUUAUGAAAUAAAAAUGAGUGAAAAUCCCUUGGAAUUCAGAGAUGCUACCUUUCAGAGUGCUAUUUCUGUGAAUACUUCUGGUCUGACCCCCGCUGUUGCUGGGGUCAGACAAUCUCUUCAAUUCAAGCCUGAAAACUUCACCAGAGAGAAUGGCACCAUAAUCUACUUUGCAAUUCGUGCCAUUGAUGACAGCAAGAAUGUUGGAGAAGUAUCUAACAUAGCAAGAACAGCUUUGCUAGUUCCUCCAUUGCCUCCUACAGCUGACAGUACCUCUGAACUCAAUGACACUGGACACAGUAAUGACACAGUUUAUUACAUUCAAGAACAAUGCAAAUAG